CCCGGUGGCCUCGGGCACCCCGCGACCCCCACAUCAGGCAGGAAGCGGGACCGACUGAUCAGCUUCAUCACGCGCGGCAGAUCGGGCUCGCUUGGCAAGGGGACGCCGCCCAUACCCAAUCCGGCGGGCGCCGCUCAGGAUAAUAGCGUGCCUCUCCCGCGAUCAUCAGUUUCGAGAGAGCCUCCGUUCGUAGUGGUUUCCCCCCGUCCCUCCCUGAGUGCACCCGCAGCCCCGUCCUUGCCCAUGACGGCCUCGUCCACCACGUCCACGUCCACCUCGACGUCCAUGUCGACCUCCAGGACCUCGUCGGCGGCGUCCUCCGCGUCUAGCCUCCAGACGCCCGUGUCGGUCGACCUGCAUCGCCACGCGCCGUCGCCCAAGCUCCUGGACCCGUUCUCGCCAGACUCACGCUCGUUCGUGCCGGAGGCCUACGCCGCGCCAAAUCCAAGGCAGGGCGCCCUCUUGCCGCCGUUCGAGUACCAGGACGUGCGCGAGCCGCACCAUCGCCCGCCUACGCCACCCACCUCUCCGCCGCCGCAACCUACGCUGCCGCUUCCGUCGCCCGGGACGCCCACUGCGUCGUUCCUGGUAUCCCCGCAGCUACGUUCGCAGUCCUUCUUGUCGUCGCUUCCGUUCAAGAUCGGCCCGAAGCGGCGAGACAAGAAGCUUGUCAUCACGGGCGUGCCACUAGAAGACACGGAGGAUGGGCGGGAGACGGACUGGAAGGCGACCGACAAGCGGAGACGGUACGAGAACGUUGUAAGGUGGUGCGAGGGUUUUGGUGAGGUUCGAAAAAUCGAGCGCAAGCCCGAUGGCACCUUGCAUGUGUUCUGGCGAGACUGGGAGUCUGCGGACAUGGUGCGUCGCUCCCUCGCUCUGUAG